AUGCCUCCCAAAGAUAAUCUGUACAUACCGAAAUUUAUUCUGGAGGUCCCAUGGUAUUACAGCGUCUUGGAUGGCUUUAACAAUGACGCUUUUGGGCACCAGCGAAAAGUCCCCGCAGAGCAAUUCGGUCAUAGCGACGAUGAUCUAAAAGACAAAGGAACUGAGGAUAUCACUAAAAUCAAACCAAUUGCGAGGGGUGAUUCUGACUAUUUUGUUGCUAAAAGAGACCGCUGGCACGGCUUUAAGCCUGAGGAAUGGGAUGAGGUGUUUGCUAAAUGGGAUCAUAUAAAGAAGUUCAAGCAGACCACUCAAUCCGUUGCUGAGGACAGUGAUGACACUGACUAUGAACUAGAACUACAGGAGCUUGGAAUUGCCCGAAAAGAGUUUCAAAAAGGGUUUGUGGAGGAUCCCAUUGAAAGAUCCAUAAGGGAGAGAAACUAUACGCCAGCAUACAUCUUAGCAAUCAAUGCUAAUGAGGGGGGGAAAAUACGACUUGGUAAGGAUUCGACUAGUAACCUCGUCAACGAUGACACUGAGUUUGUGAAAUCGUCUAGUAAAGAUGAAAGAGAACUUGGUCAAAUGCAGAAGUUUGCUUGGGAACAACACAAGCAGUACGAAGAACAGAAGCUGAGAGAACUAUAUCAAAAGCAACUCGCCAAUUUGAGCAACCCGUCAGCUGAGGCCGUUGACAGCACGGUGCCUGUUGACCUAGAUCUAAGCGUCGAAGCAAGCCCGACUUUAAUGAUGAUGAAGACAAAGAAGGAGAACGAGAAGAAAAGUGAAGCGAGUGAAAAGCGGAAACAAAGUCUACUAAACCGAUAUGGUUGA